AUGGACAAAGUACGAAAGCCACCACCGACUAGAACUUUGUUAAAUUUCAAUCACAAUGAAGAUUCUAUUAUUAUUAGAGCGAAUACAUCCGAUGAAACAGAAGUAGAUAAUAAAUCGAUUGAAUCUAAAACGAUUGAAGUGAAUGAAAUAUCCCUGGAUGAUCUAAGAAUACAUCAUAAUAACAAGGAUAACUACUUUGCAAUUCAACGAAGAGUGGAAGAAGCUGUUAAGAACAAAAAGAUCUUUCUAAUACGUGGCGAUAUUCCAUAUUUGGAAAAUACAUUAAAGAAAAGAGGUUGGAUAAAGAAAUACGAAUCUAGAAAAACGAGACACGUGCCUUAUGGUAAUGCAGCUAUUAUGGAUUCACCAUCGAUUGGUAAUAUUCAUCUUCCAGAUGGAUCCUUGAACGAGGAUUAUAUUAUUUUCACUGUAUUGAAACAUGUACCACCAGAUUUUAUCUGGGAUUGUCGUAAUGAUUUUGUAGAAUGGACAGGUCAUAUCAAACCUGAUACAUUGUUGAAUAGAUAUGACAAAUCAUUUAUAUAUACGUCGAAGCUCGGAAUGGCAAUAAUUUUGGGAAAUGUUCAUUGGCAUACCGAGGAUAAUGUUUCCACUGUAAAUUAUCCAAGAAGUUACAACGUUGCCCGUGACAAAGGUGCAUUUAUCGAUGAUUAUCGACAAACUGCAGCGGUGAGCCUUUUAAAAUGGUUCACCGAUCAAAUCGAGCAAGGUGUCAAUAUAUCUAAUAAAGGCUCGUCACCAAUUUCAUCGAAACAAAUCGAAUUUGCGAUAAAACGUUGUGAGAAUUUUAUUGCCAUGAAAAACGAUGAGUAUUUGGAUAUACCGGAAGUUCCUAUUUCUUCGACAGAGUGGGAUAAAUUUAUCGACGAUUAUGUUAUGGUAGUUCAUCGUGGCAAUGGAAUUAUAAAUGAAGAGUUCAACGACGAACGUUCUUUAUCUAUAUUAUACGAUUCGGCGGUGGAAAUUUUAAAGAAAGUUAAGGAAAACGAUCCUCAAUACGAAUUAAAUGGAAUGCGAAAUAUUUGGAUCUUAAAACCAAGUAAUUAUUGCUGCGGAGUUGGUAUUGCGAUGGCACAUAAAUUAAGUUACAUAAUUAAAAGAGUACAGGAUUGUGCAAAAGAUUAUUUUAUUGUACAAAAGUACAUAGAAAAACCAUUACUCGUUAAGGACACGAAGUUCGAUGUUAGACAAUGGUAUCUCGUUACUAACAGUUAUCCGCUAACUAUAUGGAUUUACAAAGAAUCGUUUUUACGUUUUAGCUCAAGGCCGUUCUCUUUUGAUAGCUAUCACGAAGCUAUACACAUUUGUAACACUGCGGUCCAGAACAAGUAUAUUAUUCCUAAGACUUCUAUUCGUUCGCAAGAUUGGGAUUGCGAAAAACUUAAUGAAUAUUUAAAAACAAUAGGGUAUACGGGAGAACCAUGGUACGAAAAAAUUUAUCCAAAAAUGUGUCAAGCUAUAAUCGCUACUAUGUUGGCAGCGCAAGAACACAUGGAUAAAAGAAGAUGCAGUUUUGAAUUGUAUGGAGCAGAUUUUGUAAUAAUGGAUGAUCUAUCGGUUUGGCUGAUAGAGAUAAAUACGAAUCCUCGUAUGCAUCCACCUGGAACUAGAAUCACUCAAAGAUUAUAUCCUAAUGUAUUGGAGAGUCUUAUAAAAGUCAUAAUGGAUUAUCCAUUCGAUCCAGACGCAGAUACAGGAGAUUUUGUGUUAGCGUAUAAACAAGUGAUCACUGAAAUACAGCCUAACACUGGAUUAUGUCUAACUGCUUUGGGUAAAGCUAUGCUAACAAAAUCCAAAAUUGUACAACAUAUGAAUUGGCAAUAUCUCUGAAUUAAUCUUUUACAAAUUCUUUUAUAUAUAUAUAUAUAUACAUAUGUGUAUAUAUAUAUAUAUACACA